AUGGCGAAGAAAACCGCUGCCCAGCCUGCUACUCCUAGAGCCCCACCUCCUCCAACACCACCCAAGCCAGUCCCUGCAGCAAGAACGCCCUCAAGUACUAUCUCAACACCCGCCGUACCAGCAGCGAAACCUCUACCCCAAACUCCGCUAUCGCCACGGUCUUCUCCCCAAGAGAUCGUCAUUCAUGUAUGGAAUAGAUAUGUCCAAGACACACCAUCACGGACUAUCCUUCUCGAUGUCUUCAUGGCGUGGUUGGUAGUGAUCGGAGCACUACAGUUUUUGUACUGCAUUCUUGCUGGAAACUAUCCGUUCAAUGCAUUCCUGUCCGGCUUCAGCGCAGCCGUUGGACAAUUCGUGCUUACGGCGUCACUACGAAUGCAGACCUCUGAGCGUCCACCUAGCGGUGCGUCAAUAGCUGCGAAGAAAUCCACUUCAAAGGCUAUCGAUACCGUCAGCGGGGAAUUGAUUGAUGGCAACAAGAUUAGCACGGAAAGAGCAUUUGCCGACUACAUCUUUGGCAGUCUUAUUCUGCACGGCUUCUGUGUGAACUUCAUCAACUAG